GGGGGCUUGGAGGGCAGGGUGUCAGGCCCUCGGAAAGCCCCGCGGGGGAGGGGCGAUGGUCUUGAGGUCGGGUUCUGGGGUGAUGCUGUCAAGAGCUCUUUCCUGCCUCCGGGGAGGACCCUCCUCCGAGGGCCUCCCCAACCCGCGGCCCCAGUAGUGAUACCUCCGGCCCCCCCAACCCCACCCCAGGCUGGCUCCUGUUUCACCAGCUCCUGCGAUGACAACUGGAGUGCCGAAGAGACGAAGUUCCCCGCUCCCCACCUCAGGUCUCCCACUCUCCACCCUCUCCCCAGAGAGCCGGUGGAUUCCUGACACCCCCAGGGUCCGUGGCCGGAUCCCAGGAGGAGUCACCCUGGGUUGCCAUGAGAGAGAACUUGGAGGCCCUCAGCUCCCUGGGACUCUCUGUGGGACAGCCGGAGAUGACCCCCCAAAGUGAGCCUGGGGAAGGGUCCCAUGACGCCCAGGAGCGGAUGUCCCCUCCCCGGGAAGAAAGAGUGCUGGGUACAUGCUCAGGGCACGAGGCCCCCAGACCGGAGAAAGGUGCCCACACGGAACAAGCUGAAGCUCCCUGCAGAGGAGGCCAGGUGUGUGCACCGUGCAAGCCUGAGCCCAUGGGCUCCUGCCCAGGGGAUGAGUGGAUGAUUCGGAAGGUGAAGGUAGAGAAGGAGGAGGAUCGGGACGCCCACGAGGAGGCGGAAUGGCCCCAGCAUCUGGCAUUACGCCCCAGCCCCUUUCCCCCGCCGGACCUGGGGUCUCUGGCCGCCGCGUAUAAGCUGGAGCCGGGGGCCCCAGGGACACUGGGUGGGCUUGCCCUGGCCGGGUGGGUCCCGACCGCCUCGGAGAAGCCCUACGGCUGCGGGGAGUGUGAGCGCCGGUUCCGGGACCAGCUGACCCUGCGGCUACACCAGCGGCUGCACCGCGGCGAGGGCCCGUGCGCCUGCCCCGACUGCGGCCGCAGCUUCACGCAGCGCGCGCACCUGCUGCUGCACCAACGCAGCCACCGCGGCGAGCGGCCCUUCCCCUGCUCCGAGUGCGACAAGCGCUUCAGCAAGAAGGCGCACCUGACCCGCCACCUGCGCACGCACACCGGCGAGCGGCCCUACCCGUGUGCCGAGUGCGGCAAGCGCUUCAGCCAGAAGAUCCACCUGGGCUCGCACCAGAAGACACACACAGGCGAGCGGCCCUUCCCCUGCCCCGAGUGCGAGAAGCGCUUCCGCAAAAAGACGCACCUGAUCCGCCACCAGCGCAUCCACACGGGCGAGAGGCCCUACCAGUGCGCGCAGUGCGCCCGCAGCUUCACGCACAAGCAGCACUUGGUGCGGCACCAGAGGGUGCACGCGGCGGCCGGCCGCACCCCUCCCUCUCCCGACGCGCCCGCCUCGCCCACGUCCCCUGCCCCGUCCCCCACCCCGUCCCCUGCCGGCCCCAAGCCUUUCUCCUGCUCCCACUGCGGCCUGAGCUUCGGCUGGAAGAAGAACCUCGCCACGCACCAGCGCCUGCACAGCGGCGAGGGGCGCCCUUUCGGGUGCGACGAGUGCGCUCUAGGCGCCCCUGUGGACCCCGCGGCCCCCGAGCCCUUGGCCUGCGCGCCCCGAGGCACACCGGCGCUCCCGGGCGCUCCGGCCGGCGAGCGGUCCUUCCUCUGCCCCGAGUGCGGGCGCAGCUUCGCCCACGGGCAGCACCUGGCGCGACAGCGGCGGGUCCACACGGGCGAGCGGCCCUUCGCCUGCGCGCAGUGCGGCCGCCGCUUCGGCUCGCGGCCCAACCUGGUGGCCCACUCCCGGGCGCACAGCGGCGCCAGGCCCUUCGCCUGCGCGCAGUGCGGCCGCCGCUUCAGCCGCAAGUCGCACCUGGGCCGCCACCAGGCGGUGCACACAGGCAGUCGGCCCCACGCCUGCGCCGUGUGCGCCCGCAGCUUCAGCUCCAAGACCAACCUGGUCCGCCACCAGGCGGUGCACACGGGCUCCCGCCCCUUCCCCUGCCCGCAGUGCGGCAAGAGCUUCAGCCGCAAGACCCACCUCGUGCGACACCAGCGCGUCCAUGGAGGAGCCGCCCACCCGGCCUCCGGAGCUGACCUCUCGAGCCCAGCCUGGCCCACUCCCACCGACGUGGCCGCACCCGCGCUCUUCUUCUGAGCUUCGUUCUAGCCCGCACCCGGGCUUUCCCUUCGUUUGCUCCCUGGUUCCAGAGACCCAUGCCGGACAUCUGGGCAUCGUGGCCUGGAUUGCCCGUGGCCAUUUUCCUCUCUUCUCCAUCCUGCGGGGAGAAAGCCUGGAAAGGAUACCCGGCUUUGACCUUCUGUGUCAGAGACAGGGCUAAGAGUAAACCCUUGAUGGGAACAGUUUAGGCCUGAGUCCUUGGAAAUGUCCCACUAAGAGAGCCCAUGGAAAGAUGAUGUUUCCUGGACCACUCCCAACGGAGGACUGAGUCAGGAACCUCUACAGGGGCAGGGAAAGAAUGGCCAUCUGUAUACUGAAGGUUUCAUUAAAAUUACAAUCCGAAGGUU